UCUGGUUGUUGAUUAAAUUGUCCUGGCCCCGUAUGUAUGUAAUGAAGUAUUUUAUAUUUUCUAAUGCUGGUUUUCUGUAUGGUAAUAUCAUCCAUGGUCGAUGCUGUUAAUGAUUAUUUCUUUUUGUUAUGGUUUAGAAAUAGGGUGUACACCUUAUUAGGACCUUCCAACAACAGUUUGUUUAGAAGCCACGAAAAUGAAUAUUGCUGGUUUAAAAGAUAGCUACAAGUUGAUCGUUAAUGCUCUCACUCAAGAUUAUCAAACUUCAGAGUUUACUUUGGUAAACUCGAAUUUUAAUUUCAUAAGAUUAUAUUUCAAAUAAAAAAUAUACUAAAAUACAUAACAUAAUAAUUCAAUAUUAUAUGAUGUUAUAAAUAAAUUUUUAUGUUUUAUACUGUAAUAUUGUUAUUAUUGUUAGUUGGUAAUAUCAUAUACUAUUUUAAAUAUUUUUUAUAUUUUUCUAGUAUUAUUAUCCUUUUAUAAUUACACUAGGUGCUAUAUUAUGUAAUUUGCUUUACGUAAAAAGGACGUUGAUGGACUUACACCGAGGCCAACAGUCCUCUAAUUUGACCCUAAUAUGACCCAUAGCUUGGGCCAGCCCUAUCAAUGAAGCGGAAUAGAGAAAGGAAACGGGAGAGUACCAAGGCAGAUUUUCAAUACAAUGAUGAAUGCACUCAUUUGUAUGAUUGAAAGUGUGUUAGUGAACGUAGUUAUUGGUACCCCGUUAUGGUUGAAUUUGAUAUUAAAAGAAACAGAGUUUGCAUUAUUCUUGAGCAUUUGUUAAGAGUUUAAAUGUAAUUGAAGGGACGCAACAUGGAAAGUCCCCACUCUGUGAACAGUCCAAGAAGAACUCUCAGUCUGUCAAAGCAGCGGAGGGCAACUGUGUCCUUUUUUGACCCUGAUGACAAAACCUCUGGCUUCGGAUUGUCUGGCGAUCAUGGCCCUAAGCCUUCUGAAGUUUAUGGUUUUGUAGGUUCUAUUACCACUGUUGUUGCUACAGUUAUUUUCUUCAUAUGGGCAUAUGUUCCAGAAUCAUGGCUACAAUCUGCUGGCAUAUCGUACUAUCCUAGCAGAUAUUGGGCUUUAGCAGUACCAACAUAUGUGAUGGUGACCAUUGUUUUGAUGCUGGGAUUCUACAUUGGUCUUAACUUCAUUUCAACACCUUCGCCUUCUUCUUUAAACACAGUUUUUGAUGAAUUCAGUAGAGAUCCUUCGAGUAACGAGUGUUCUCUAGAAGAUGAAAAGCCCAUCGAUCCCAUUUCAGAUAUCGGCCUUGACAGAAUCAAUGAUAUUAUGUUCAAUAAUGCAACCUAACAAUCACACAUAUCUCCAAUGCUGUUAUGGUGGGAAUUGCUGUCAAGCAAGUUCUGCUAAUUUGGGUUAUUGUAGGAGAAGCUAUAGCUACAGAGGUGAAGUUUAUUAAGCUGGUGUUGUGAGAGAAUGAUUUCAUUCCAUCUUACCGUAGAAUUUCCUUUUAAUGCUGAUUUUGUUAGGUCUAGUUUUUAAAAGCUGUUAUCUGCUUAUUUUGGAGUUUUGAACCUUGCUACUCGAUGAAUUGGCGGUGAAGAGUUCUAGAUAAGGAAACGGCCUCUUUGUUUAUGGGGGAAAUAUUAUGUAUCUGACUCUUGUCCCAGAAUUGUGGUUGUAUUUGUGCACAUGAUAUUGACACGUCUUACUUGAACACGCCCAAUGCCCAAAAUAUGGGACACGGGGAUAUAACCUUUAUGUAUGUAAUGUGACAAAUUUCAAUUGAGAAUAAAGAUUUAUAUA